AACCGGAGAGGUUGGUGUUCCCUGCAUGAGGAGGCAGAUGAACGUGAUGAAGACCGACCAGGGAUACCAGCAUACUUUCAGCAUUGUUCUGUCCUCGUAGUCAUUUGGUUUGUUUACCCAUCUCUUCACGUACAUUCAGAAAACAGGUGGAGUCGUCUGAGGUCCCCUGUGCCAACAUAACGGUGCGUUUUCAGACCUCCGCCCUUUUUGGAUAGAAUGCAGAUUUUGUUUUGCUCUUACAGUGUUCAAAGUGCGUUUAGAGGAAGUACACAAGUCUUGUGGACAAGGAAGAUUCUGAAUAUUUUCUAUGGCAGAGACUGAUCACCGUUUCGGAUGAAAUGCAUCACAACCGGGGGGAAGAGCCGGUAAAUCCAAUUACUGCGCAGCACGGGACAGCACGCCACAGUGGCUCCACCAGCCCGGGGAGCAGCCUGGUCAGUGGCCUCACCGGGCUCCAGCCCCCUCCUUACCCUUACCUCGAGUUUAAGAGAAAUGCAGUGACAGAUGACUAUAAAAUCACCGCGCAGGUUCUCGGCUUGGGAAUCAAUGGCAAAGUGCUGGAGUGUUAUUGCAAGAAAACAGGAGAGAAGUGUGCCCUCAAGAUCCUGUACGAUACCCCUAAAGCCAGACGGGAGGUAGAGCUGCACUUACGAGUUUCUGGAGGUCCCCACAUCGUUCGAAUCCUCAGUCUGUAUGAGAAUAUGCACCAGGGGAAGAAAUGUCUCCUCAUUAUUAUGGAGUGUAUGGAGGGAGGGGAGCUGUUCAGUCACAUCCAGGCCAGGGGGGAUGAGGCCUUCACCGAGAGAGAGGCGUCAGAGAUCAUGCAUGACAUUGGCACAGCCAUAGAGUACCUGCACCACAUGGACAUCGCUCACAGGGAUGUAAAGCCUGAAAACCUGCUUUACACCACCAAAGAAAGUAACGCUACACUAAAACUGACCGACUUUGGCUUUGCUAAGGAGACAACUCUAUACAACUCCCUGCAGACUCCCUGUUACACUCCAUAUUAUGUCGCUCCAGAGGUGCUUGGGCCAGAGAAAUAUGACAAGUCAUGUGACAUGUGGUCUCUGGGCGUAAUCAUGUACAUUCUUCUGUGUGGGUUUCCUCCGUUCUACUCAAACACAGGUCAGGCCAUCUCUCCAGGCAUGAAGCAGAGGAUCAGGCUGGGCCAGUACAAGUUCCCAAACCCCGAGUGGGCUGAUGUCUCCGAGGAAGCGAAACAGCUCAUCUAUCAGCUGCUGAAGACCGACCCCAAUGAGAGGAUGACCAUUGGACAGUUUGUGAACCAUCCCUGGAUCAGUCAGCAGUCUAUGAUAGUCCCUCCGACGCCCCUGCACACUUCUCGAGUUUUGACCGAAGACAAGGAGCUGUGGGAUGACGUAAAGGAGGAAAUGACUAGUGCCCUGGCCACCAUGCGAGUUGACUACGACCAGGUGAAGAUCAAAGACCUGGACAUGUCCAACAAUCCUCUUCUCAACAAGAGGAGAAAGAGGCCCACGUCGGGAGGGGAAGAAGGAGAGACAGGAGGAGACGGACAAGUGGUGUCUAAUAGUGACAGAGAGGUUGCAUUUCCUGAAGAGCAUGGGAAAAUGAGCAUUUGACACAAGUAGUGUAAAUGUAUGAUAACCAGAGUGGGCCUUAUUUUCUGUUUUCAUAUCACUUAUUGUAUUUUACUCACUUUUUGUCUUACUUGUAUCGUAGCACUAAAGUCUUUCAAAAGACAUCAUUUAUUUUGAUUGUUUCCACCAUAGCAUUGAAAUAAACGUUUCAUUUUUGUUUGUUUGACAAA